AUGCAGCUGGCUGGGUACUAAAGGUUGAUUCGCUGGCUGGUGAUAGGGAGGGAGGGAGGGAGGGAGGGAGGGAGGGAGGGAGGGAGGGAGGGAGGGAUUGAGCCAAGUGGCAGGGCAAAGGAGCUCCACAUUCGUUCAUUAGAAAUCAAAAGCACAGGGGUAAUCAAAGCGAUCAGCAUCCCUGAUUGGACCAUUAUUCACUUUGAUACAGAAAGGGCCAGGCUAAGGACAUGAGUCCAAUGAUCUCUAAUCAGACAGCAAUAAGGGGUUUCAAAGCAGUUUUCCCCUUGGGUUGAAAGGUAGUUUUUUCCCCUAGUCUUUCUUCCUCUGUGGCCUUGCUGUGUACUUUAUGCUGAUGUAGGCCUUAACGUGUAGCCUUCAUUAACGAGCACUGAUGUAAUCACAUAUCAAAUGGCUCGAAAAACACAGGCAAAUACAACACAACAUUUUUUCAGAUGCCUGGCCCCUACUAUCAUACCCCGUUUAAAGUCACUUAAAUCUUUUGUCUUGCCCAUUCACCCUCUGAAUGUCACACAUACACAAUGUCUCAAUUGUCUCAAGGCUUAAAAAUCCUUCUUUAACCUGUCUCCUCCCCUUCAUCUAUGUGGUCCUCUGUAGCUCAGCUGGUAGAGCACGGCGCUUGUAACGCCAAGGUAGUGGGUUCGAUCCCCGGGACCACCCAUACACAAAAACUGUAAGUCGACUGUAAGUCGCUUUGGAUAAAAGCGUCUGCUAAACGGCAUAUUAUUAUUAUUAUUAUUAUUAUUAUUAUUAUUAUCUACACUGAUAUAAAUGGAUUUAACAAGUGACAUCAAUACGGGAUCAUAGCCUUCAUCUGGAUAGUCUAUGUCAUUGAAAGAGUAGGUGUUCAUAAUGUUUGGUACACUCAGUCGGCGAAAACUUACUUGGACAUGUUUCCACCGCCAUGUUGCCAUGGAAACACAACAUUGCCCACCGCCGCCCGGUAGCUGUAGACACCCAGAAGGCCGAGGGCCAGGGCAAUCUUGGACACCCAGGAACAUCUUCGCUGGACCAGGAAGUAGAUCAGAGCCAAUGACAAGGCGGCCAACAAGGACAGCACAAUCUUGUGUUCCAAGCUAUAGAAACAGAACAGAUUAACAUUUAAACCACUUAAUUUAAACCACUUCAAACUGCACUAAUUACACAUUAAUUAGAGUCAUUAGUGUGUAAGUGCUGUCUCAUACUCUAAUGGUUAUUUAGACCGUUUUGAAGUUAUGACUGACUUGGAGUGAUAUUAUCUUCCUUUCCUGCAGUACGGGUAGCAAAAGUGAUUGCUGUCCUAAUUAUGAAAUGAUCAACUUUACCCUGUAUAUCAAAAAAUGACCACAUAUACUGAGUGUACAAAAUACCCCCACCCACCCCCAUCCCCCAUUUACUGUACUCAGGUCCCACUGUUCUGUACGUAGGCAGAGCUAGUGGAAAAGAGAGGAAGUCCUUGGCACAAGGUUUACACUUUUAUUACAGUAAUGUGGUAGAUUACACACCUGCAAGACAGCUGGUGUAAAGCUGUGUCGGCUACAUAUUACUGGUCUUAACGCACCUGUGGAAUGUUCAUUUUAAGCAGUAGGGCAAUUAAUCCAAAACAAGUUGAGAAUACACAAGAUGAGAACAUCUCAGGUAACAUCUCAGAGAAGAAGAGAACAUCUCAGGGGCCGAAGAGAACAUCUCAGGUAAGAAGAACAUCUCAGGUAAGAACAGAACAUCCCAGGUAAGAAGAGAACAUCUCAGAUAUAAAGAGAACAUCUCAGGUAAGAAGAGAACAUCUCAGGGAAGAAGAGAUCAUCUCAGGGACCAAAGAGAUCAUCUCAGGUAAGAAGAGAACAUCUCAGGGACCAAAGAGAUCAUCUCAGGGACCAAAGAGAUCAUCUCAGGGACCAAAGAGAUCAUCUCAGGGACCGAAGAGAUCAUCUCAGGGACCGAAGAGAUCAUCUCAGGGACCGAAGAGAACAUCUCAGGGACCGAAGAGAUCAUCUCAGGGACCGAAGAGAACAUCUCAGGGACCGAAGAGAACAUCUCAGGGACCGAAGAGAACAUCUCAGGGACCAAAGAGAACAUCUCAGGUAAGAAGAACAUCUCAGGUAAGAACAGAACAUCCCAGGUAAGAAGAGAACAUCUCAGGUAUAAAGAUAACAUCUCAGGUAAGAAGAGAACAUCUCAGGGACCGAAGAGAUCAUCUCAGGGACCGAAGAGAACAUCUCAGGGACCGAAGAGAACAUCUCAGGGACCGAAGAGAACAUCUCAGGGACCAAAGAGAACAUCUCAGGUAAGAAGAACAUCUCAGGUAAGAACAGAACAUCCCAGGUAAGAAGAGAACAUCUCAGGUAUAAAGAUAACAUCUCAGGUAAGAAGAGAACAUCUCAGGGAAGAAGAGAUCAUCUCAGGGACCGAAGAGAUCAUCUCAGGUAAGAAGAGAACAUCUCAGGGACCGAAGAGAUCAUCUCAGGGACCAAAGAGAUCAUCUCAGGGACCAAAGAGAUCAUCUCAGGGACCGAAGACAUCAUCUCAGGGACCGAAGAGAACAUCUCAGGGACCAAAGAGAACAUCUCAGGGACCAAAGAGAACAUCUCAGGGACCAAAGAGAACAUCUCAGGUAAGAAGAACAUCUCAGGUAAGAAGAGAACAUCUCAGGUAUAAAGAUAACAUCUCAGGUAAGAAGAGAACAUCUCAGGGAAGAAGAGAUCAUCUCAGGGACCAAAGAGAUCAUCUCAGGUAAGAAGAGAACAUCUCAGGGACUGAAGAGAUCAUCUCAGGGACCAAAGAGAUCAUCUCAGGGACCAAAGAGAUCAUCUCAGGGACCGAAGAGAACAUCUCAGGGACCAAAGAGAUCAUCUCAGGGACCGAAGAGAUCAUCUCAGGGACCGAAGAGAACAUCUCAGGGACCAAAGAGAACAUCUCAGGGACCAAAGAGAACAUCUCAGGGACCAAAGAGAACAUCUCAGGGACCAAAGAGAACAUCUCAGGGACCAAAGAGAACAUCUCAGGGACCAAAGAGAACAUCUCAGGGACCGAAGAGAACAUCUCAGGUAAGAACAGAACAUCCCAGGUAAGAAGAGAACAUCUCAGGUAUAAAGAUAACAUCUCAGGUAAGAAGAGAACAUCUCAGGGAAGAAGAGAUCAUCUCAGGGACCAAAGAGAUCAUCUCAGGUAAGAAGAGAACAUCUCAGGGACCGAAGAGAUAAUCUCAGGGACCAAAGAGAUCAUCUCAGGGACCGAAGAGAACAUCUCAGGGACCAAAGAGAACAUCUCAGGGACCGAAGAGAACAUCUCAGGGACCAAAGAGAACAUCUCAGGGACCAAAGAGAACAUCUCAGGGACCAAAGAGAACAUCUCAGGGACCAAAGAGAACAUCUCAGGGACCAAAGAGAACAUCUCAGGGACCAAAGAGAACAUCUCAGGGACCAAAGAGAACAUCUCAGGGACCAAAGAGAACAUCUCAGGGACCGAAGAGAACAUCUCAGGUAAGAAGAGAACAUCUCAGGGACUGAAGAGAACAUCUCAGGGACCGAAGAGAACAUCUCAGGGACCGAAGAGAACAUCUCAGGGAAGAAGAGAACAUCUAAGGGACCGAAGAGAACAUCUCAUGGACCGAAGAGAACAUCUCAGGGACCGAAGAGAACAUCUCAUGGACCGAAGAGAACAUCUCAGGGACCGAAGAGAACAUCUCAGGGACAGAAGAGAACAUCUCAGGGACAGAAGAGAACAUCUCAAGGACAGAAGAGAACAUCUCAGGGAAGAAAAGAACAUCUCAGGGAAGAAGAGAACAUCUCAGGUAA